CUAUAUUUGGCUUUAUGUGGCAGAGUACUGUGCAGUAAGGGUUUUAUUUUUUAAGGGAUGGGUGGGUUUGCAAUAAAAGUCUUGCUCAGGCCUCAAAUGUGUGACUCUUUUUAAUGUGACUGGCUAUGAGUGCGUCUUAGUUCAUGUAAUUCUGAGGGAAUAUUAUAGACCUACUGCGUUUUCGUGCAGCAGAGUUCAAUCUACAUGAAUAAAUUAUGAUGCCUGCCUGUGAGAUAGGCUGGGAGGCACUGCAUCUGUCUAUGCACACAAAUGGUCUCUGUGCAGCUCGGAGCGCACUGAUUACCAUUCCGAGCACAGCACCUCUGGUCAGAAAUGGAGCCGGGUCGGUGGUUGACAGUAGUCCGGGGGCAGGAGCAGGAGGAGGAGGGGGGCAUAUGAUGGCAGCAACCUUUCAGUCAAUCUGGAUUAACUCGCACUGAGCCCUGCGUCGCCAGCAAAAGCCCGUGAAAGCGAUACGAACAUCUGGCUGGAUUGAGCAGCACAGCACCAGUCACUCACAGCGCUGUAGAUAUUAAAGCAGCCUGUCGCUACAAAGGCGUUUUCUCUUCUGGAGGUGCACACAGGCGGAUGCGCAGUAGGAGGCGAUCCCGCACAGCUGCAGCCUCGCAGCCACACCGGGACCCUUCAGGUUGCGUUUUACACUGUGUUUUUCACGACAGAAGGGGGAAGCUGAGGCACAUAUCCCCGGUUGCUGCGACGGGAUCGGCGGAGGAGUCGUCCUUUAUAUGCUGGUCAUGGAUUUCUUGAAGGGCAUCGCUGGUUUCGCAGGCCGUCACAUGUUAUAGGAGCCAAGACGCGUGUUUCGGGACACCUGAAUUAUCUCCAAGAGGCACCGUCGGUCCCAUUUUAGGCGGAAUGCUCUCAGCCCUCCUGGGAGGACAUCAGCUCAUACCCACCCUCCUCUCUGACUCGGCUGGAUGUUUCAUCUGCAAGGUGUAUUAACCUGACUGAAGAGCCAAAUGGAGUCUCUCCUGGUUUAUCUGAUAGUCCUCGGUGUGGCUGUGAAGGCCCACAAAGUUCAGAUCUGCCCCAAACGCUGCGUCUGCCAGGUGCUGAACCCCAACCUGGCGACUCUGUGCGACAAAAAGGGGCUCCUCUUCGUGCCCCCGAACAUCGACAGGCACACGGUGGAGAUGCGUCUCGGGGAUAACUUUGUCACCAGCAUCAAACGCAAAGACUUUGCCAACAUGACCAAGCUGGUGGACCUGACGCUCUCUCGGAACACUAUCGGCUCCAUCGCGCCCCACGCUUUCAAAGACCUGGAGAACCUGCGAGCGCUUCACCUCGACAGCAACCGGCUGGCCCGCAUCCUCAACGACACCUUCAGCGGCAUGUCCAAGCUGCACCACCUCAUCCUCAACAACAACCAGCUCACACACAUCCAGAUCGGGGCCUUUAAUGAUCUGACAGCGCUGGAAGAGCUGGAUUUAUCCUACAACAACUUGGAGAGUGCGCCAUGGGUGGCCAUUCAGAGGAUGUCCAACCUCCACACACUCAAUUUGGACCACAACAUGCUCAGCUACAUCCCAGAGGGCACUUUCUCUGGGCUGCAGAAGCUCAAGAGGCUGGAUGUGACCUCCAACAAGCUCCAGAAGCUUCCACCUGACCCUAUUUUCCAAAGAGCAGGGGUCCUGGCCACCUCUGGGAUAAUGGGGCCUACGUCGUUCGCGCUGAGCUUCGGGGGGAACCCGCUGAGGUGUAACUGUGAGCUGCUGUGGCUGCGGAGGUUGCGGAGGGAGGAUGAUCUGGAGACCUGUGCCUCACCGCAGCACCUCGCCGGACGCUAUUUCUGGACAGUUUCCGAGGAAGAGUUCCUGUGUGAGCCUCCUCUCAUCACCAGGCACUCUCAGGAGCUGCGAGCUUUGGAGGGUCAGAGUGUGACUCUGCGCUGUAAGGCCAGGGGCGACCCCGACCCCAUCAUCCACUGGAUCGCUCCUGACGGACGCCUUAUGUCCAACUCCUCCCGGGCCGCGGUCCACACAGAUGGCACGUUGGACAUCCUCAUCAGCACUGUCAAGGACUCCGGUUCCUUCACCUGUGUGGCCUCCAACCCAGCAGGGGAGGCCCAGCAGACGGUGGAUCUGGUCAUCGCUAAACUCCCUCAUAUCACCAACAACACAGUCGCAGAGCAGGAGCCCGACCCCGGAUCAUCAGAUAUCGCCACGGUGACUAAAACGGGGGCAGAGGCGGGAGGGCUGCCUCUGGGGAACGCCAAGACGAGCCAGGAGAAGAAAGUGGUGAUUGCUGAGGCCACGUCCACCUCGGCCAUGGUCAAGUUUAACUUCCAGAGGAGUAUUCCUGGAAUACGCAUGUUCCAGAUCCAGUAUAAUGGCACCUAUGAUGAUUCACUGGUUUACAGGAUGAUACCCCCCACCAGUAAGAGCAUCCUGGUAAACAACCUGGCGGCUGGAACGCACUACGACUUGUGUGUGCUGGCCAUCUACGAUGACCAGGUGACCUCGCUGACCGCCACCCGGGUGAUAGGUUGUAUCCACUUCACUACAGAGCCGCAGUACCUGAGAUGCCAUUUCAUGCAGUCUCAGUUUCUUGGCGGCACUAUUGUGGUUAUCAUCGGAGGGAUUAUUGUGGCCUCAGUGCUCGCUUUUAUCAUCUUCCUCAUUGUGCGCUACCGGGUGUGUAACCAAGGAGAUGCAGAUAAGGCUCUAGAGAUGGGGGAUAUUCGGUCACUGAGCAGUGAUGGACAACUACAAGGCUGUGGAAUUCCCAAGUCCCUGUCCAAGCAGGUCCUGCGUCCAGAGAAGAAUGACAAGGAGUGCCUCCGAGUUGCCCUGCCGCCCGCAGAGCCAGCCAAGCAGCGACCUCCGGUUGUUGUAGCCACCACCAAACCCUCUGUCCCUGACUGCACUGUCUCUACCUCUGCUGCCAGCCACAGCUGGCAUCCGGCCUCCCCGGGCGCCCCAAGACCCAAACGUUCCAGCGCUCCGCCCAAACCCUCAGAGUCUCGCCGAGCCGAAGCUCAGGCAGAUGUCGAGCUGGAUAACAUGAACCGGAAUAACUCGUCAGAGGUUAAAAUGACCACAGCCGUUGCUCUGGCUGUUCCUGGCCAGCCCACCAAAUGGACUGCUGUUCCCAGGGGUCCACGGCCCCAACAGGCCGCUCGACAUUACAUGACUGUGCCUGCAGGGGGGGUGAGGGUGAACCGCAGGCACUCCCUUAACGCAGACUCAUAUAGGGAGCGGUGCUACUUGGCCUACCCCAAACCCGGGGCCAGCCUGCGCUCCAAGCGUAGCCUGUCAAUGAGCGGAGAGCUGCCGCAGCUGGAAGGCACGACAAACAUUCACCGGGCCAGGGACAAGCUCUCCAGGUCUGAGUGGCUUCUGGAGAGCACUUUAUGAUUUGGAGUUUAUGACCUGCGUUCUCUUGUUUUCUUGGAUUGGAUUUGUGGCCCGUUGUGGAACAGACAGGGAUUUUACGCCUUGUGUUGAGCUUGUGCGCUCUCUACUGAGGGACCUGUAAGCUUCCCUCAUAUACUGUGUAUGGGGUCAAGGCAGGCGUACAGGGUUAUGGGAAACGUUUCACAUUUGUUUUCUACCUUAUAACCUAUCAAAGUCGUCUUUGCAACGACGUUUGAUCAAACUUUGAUGAAAGGCACAACGAUGUAUAAAACAAAUUCAUGUACAAAAAUGUUAAGUUGUGUGAGAUGCUGUAUAUCUCAGUACAACCAUAAGUGUCCAUGUGGUAUUGAAUGCAGUAACCUGGACAUACUGUAUUAUAACAAAGAAAGAAGCACACAGGGGAGGGGUUAUUAUACUCGCGGUCUCAUUGCCUGUUACUGAAAGUGAUACAAUCUCUGUAGACUCUGAACAUGAUUCUUGUCUCCAGCUCUACACACAAACGGUGACAUGUCUUAAUUACCUUGGCGGUGGUUUGGGGAGAUUACGAAUGUGCUUUACAUCCCAGAGGUGUUGGAACAGAAUGUAGUAGACAGACAGCGCUCCAUCUUUUCAUCCCGACACUCCCGAGACGCAGCACAAUGCAGUAUUUUUGUGGCACAAGUCGACUCGAGCCUAAUACUGCCCUCCGGUUUGAAUCGAUACAUUUUUAUCACAUAAUUACAUAAAGACUCAACCCUGAUAGGAUUCCUGUCACGACUGAUUUGAGCGACAAUUGAGCCAACACCGACAGCAUGACAGGUGGGGGAAGUAAUCUGAUACCAGGUGUGGAUGAGAUCCAGAGGAAUGGUGCAUUUCCAUAUUUUUUACGUACUGACGUUAUCAUGUCACGCCGAUGACAACCAUUGUAAAUUAACUUGUCGAUGUAAGAGAAACGAUAAUCACAAGUAUGGGAGGACGUCGGCUCUUGAUUUUGCUGUUGUUUCUGUUUGAUGUUUACCAGUAUAAAUAAACCAGUGAUAAA